AAAAUGGCGAUUUGUCAAACAAAAUACGAAGUUAAUUUAUUUCACUAAAUCCGGGAUCGUGAUAAAUAAUCAAAUUUACAUUCUCAUUCGUAAGUACGGCUAAAUCCUUGGUGUUUUUGGUGUGAAGGUUUGCAAUUAUUAGUGAUUAUUCGUCAAAAUUCGCAAAAUUUGUGAUGAAAAAUCAUCUUGUUUUUGUUUUGAAAGGGUUCACGCUAAUUAGGACGAAUGAGAUGGAGGUCGAAAACUUUCUGCGUCAAUUGGUACGAGGGGUCCUUCGAUUGACGAUCCGUCGUCCGAGAUGUGUCAAAGUCUGCAAAAUCUUCGUGUGCUUUUGAUUCGCGAUUUCGGCGAUUUCCCUCUUCGGGUUCGGUUUUGGUUGUUCCCGCGGUGCGAUUAGUGGUGUGGUGGUUCUUCACGGUCGCGGCACGGUCCUUCCUGCAGUGAUAACAAAGUUUAGUUGCUCACGAGUAAUCACCAGGGGUACGCACACUUUGCGCGGAGAACGGAUUCUGGACCCUUAGUGCUUCCCAGGCGGAUCAUCCGGAUAAAAAUGACAAAUUUGCGGGACGGACUCUUGCUAGGAUGUGGCAACCCGCUGCUGGAUAUCUCGGCAGCUGUGGAUGAGCAAUUCCUUGCCAAGUACGAGAUGUUGCCAAACAAUGCCAUUCUCGCCGAAGAGAAGCACAUGCCAAUCUACAAGGAGCUAGUAGAAGAGUGCAACGCCGAAUACAUCGCCGGCGGUAGCGUUCAGAAUUCGUUCCGGGUGGCGCAGUGGGUUCUCCAACGGCCGAAUGUGGCCGUUUUCUUCGGGUGCGUCGGAGAGGACAAGUAUUCGGAUAUUCUUCUGGAGAAAGCCACGCAAGAUGGGGUGAACGUGCAGUACCAGUUCUGCAAGGAAACGCCUACUGGGACGUGUGCCGUGUUGAUUACCGGAACUCAACGGAGCUUGUGUGCAAAUCUGGCCGCGGCAAACAGCUUCACGGUGGAUCAUCUGAAGAAUGCGGAAAACGAAAAGUACCUACAGAACGCGGAGUAUUUCUACAUCUCCGGAUUCUUCCUGACCGUUAGCUUGGAGAGCAUUUUGACGGUGGCCAAGCAUGCUCUCUCCAAGGACCGGCUGUUCAUGAUGAACCUGAGUGCGCCAUUCAUUCCACAGUUUUUCAAGGAUAACUUGGACCAAGUGAUGCCAUAUAUUGAUAUUUUGUUUGGCAACGAAACU